AUGCUUUCUUUUCAAUUACACCCAAUCGCUCCUGCGACUCCCAUCAAGAUGCACGAAAAGAUUGUUCAUAAAACACUCAAAGGUAGAGUUACGAAGAACCUAAAAAAGACGGUAACCUCCCCUAAGAAACAGGUUUCUAGCACAGAUGAGAUGAUGUCUAGCCCAAAUUCAACUUCCGCAACCUCUCCUAAUCGUCUGAAUCGUCUCAUUCAUUACCCCUUGAGCAAACAACAAGCUGCUUUGCUUCGAGGAAUAAAGACUUCCUUGGAAAAGUCUAGCAAUCCCGUUGAACGCGUUGAACCCAAGCAAGACCAAAUGGAUCUUGAUAAACGACCAAAUAUUUUAACAAGACGAAUUCCUCUGGCGGAAUCAAGACCAAAAGAAACUAGCUUUGGCGGAGUUGUCAAGAACAAGAAAGAGGCAAAGCCGGUGCUCCUCGAGAAUUUUCCAAAAUGUCCAAAGUCUCCUCUUGCUAUCUCAGAAAAUCGACUCUUACAACGUCCAAACAGCAAGGGUCUUCUUGCCUUGGGUCGAGAGGUAGUAAAAUUUGGGGUUGGGAAUGUUUUGAGAUCCCUUGAAAGCGAUGCCAUGGAUACUAGAGAAGAUUAUGACUGGAACUACGAUGGAUUCAAUGGAUAUCUCUUGGAAGAGCAUAAUGCUAAAUGUGUACAAUUCCUAGAGAUGGAUUUGGAACCCGAGACCUUGAUACUUUAUUACAAGGGAGAAGUCAAUGAAUAUGGUAUUGCUUGA